CGAUUGCUAAGCAUAAUUUUGCUAUGCUAACUUAGUUUCAUUUUAUUUAUGGAGAGAGCAGUAUCGAAAUUGCUGUCGUAACAUCAGAAAUGGGCAUAAUUCAAAGACUAUUUUUAAUUGGACUGAUAUCCCUGCCCGGGGUCAUACCCGAGUUAGCUUUAAACUCUAUAUCAAUGGAAAAUGAUGCUCGGUGCGGUUCCUAUUGUUACCGCCUUGUGAAGCCUCUGCUCCUCUCUGCAGCAUUAGCUGAAGAGAAAGAGAGACAGUUGAUGGCUGAGAUUAAGCAUUUAGAGAGUCAAUUGGAACAAAGCAAAGCGCAUCAAAACAAGUGCUUGACCAAAGAGGAGUUGCUGAGCUCCCAGCAAAUUUGGAUUGAUAAGCUUCUCGGUGCCAUUAGGGUUCAAUUUUUAUCGAACAAAGGCUCGGAAAUCAUGAGAACCUCAGCUGCAAAUGAAACAAAAACCGAAGUCAAUUUAAUCACAAGUUGCAUUGGAAAAGUGAAUGGGAUUUACGAACUAAAAGUACCAGGCUCGAGCCCCUUUAAAGUGCCCUGUGAUUCGAAUUGGACAGUUAUUCAGCGCCGCUUGGAUGGCUCUGUGGAUUUCAACAGGAAUAUGAUGCACUAUCGAUCGGGCUUCGGCCGAUUGGAAGGCGAAUUUUUCAUCGGCCUGGACAAGCUUUACCUAUUGACUAAAUCGCAGCCACAGGAGCUCUACAUAUCUGUGAAAGAUGUUUAUAAUAAAACAUUCUAUGGACACUAUCUGAACUUCAGCAUUGCCGGAGAGGAGGACAACUUUCGACUUAUGUCAUUGGGCCAGUAUGAUGGAAGCCUGAAUAAUGAAAUGAUCCACCAGCUCGGUUCAGUGUUCUCUACAUAUGACAAUGGUCACGGUAUUUGGCGCGAUCGCCAGAUGAAGAACGGUUGGUGGCUCCGCGACGGUAUUUGGUUGUCCGACAGCCUCAAUGCUGAAUACGAUAUCUCGAAAAAUGGGAUUCACUGGGGUCCCUCGAAUCUAAAAUUUGUUCAAAUGAUGAUCAAGCCAAUACAAUGA